GAUCGCUACAGUCAAAUCUUCAUCUCCUGAGUGGAAACCGAGCACGCCCAGGUAAACAACCGGGUGCUAUCACGUGGAUGUUUCUUUAAGGUUUAACUUUCAACCGAGGAAAGCGCGACCGGCGGAGGUCCAUCUUCCGCUUUGUACAAAACAGUCCCUUCACAAUCCUCCAUCAAAACUUUGUUUACUUGCAACCACAACUCGUGUUGUCUUACUCCUAUCAAUCUACACUUCGAACUUCAAUGUCACAAUUGACUUGAAACCUUAACAUCACCCUCCAUUCCUCCCUCUGUUUGUUCUUAACUUGUUGUCACCUCUCCGCCUCUCCUACUUCUCCACCUUCCCCCUCCGCUCGUCAUCAUCUUUCCUCACCUACGUAUUAUCUACGUAUAGAUAACAAUUCGCCAUUCCACACGAUUGAAUUGCAGCGAAAAUCAUGGAACCUACAACGGAGUCCCAAGGUGAAAAACGAAAACGUAGCCCGGAAAGUUCAGGAAGUCAGGGCCAUGGGCGCAUCACACAAGUUCCUCGAUUGGCCGAAAGCGCAACUCCAACAGCUGCUGCGCAAAUCAACUAUUUAGUCAAAGCUAGAAGCGAUAAGCUUAAACUGGUCGAAGGAGAUUCCGAAACGUUCGGAGAUGUUUUGAGCAUGUUGGACGAAUAUGAAGGUGUUCUUCAACGGCGCGAAAGUCUGGCAUCCAACCUUGGCGCUAAACUUGUCGGCCCUUUACUAUUGAAAUCAUUUGAAAAGCUUUUUGACGGUCCAAUCAAAGUCAUUCAAAGCUCCUAUGCUCUCGAACAAACGCCAAUUACCUGGUUGGAGGUUGUUUCUUUUGCGCGUAGUAAUCCAGCAGACUUCAUCCUUAGCGAUGCAUUACACAGCAUGAAAGCUUGUCGGUUCUGGAUUAAUGGAGGUCAAGUCGAAAUAUCUGAAGACGAUUAUCGACUGAUCAUGUCAGGUGCUCCGGAAAGGAUGAUUCCAAGCCAACCUCUACCGGAAGAUGAGGACUCUGAACUUGGUACCCUCCUCAUUCUCGAAAAUCGACUUACUAUGUUAAUCAAGAAGGCCGAUGCAGUCGCUAGUAAAGCAAGACAACUCAACUACCAUAUGAAAGGCAGAAAGAAUGCUAUCAAGGCAAAGAAAUCUCCCGAACAACCUACUGAAUCCCCCCUUCCAUUUGCAUCUCAACCAUUUUCUGCCGUCAAUCGAAGCAGAUCACCUGCUCCCUUAAAUGGUGAAACUGCCAAGCUACAACAAGAUCUGUUGGAACAAUUCCAUAGCCCAAGUCGUCGUCAAUCGUUGCCAUCUCAGCCAAGAUCGAAGCAACCCCGGCCUAAUAAUUCUGAGCAUUCCAACUUCCAUUCUUUCAAUGGUGCAGCUCCAGGCUCUGAUCAUCAACGAGCAUCACAGCCACCAUCUAACUCUGAUGAUGGGAUCGAAGGACAGUAUCGUGUUUUAAUGGCUGCCAGGAUUGAGAAACUCCACAAAGGAGAUCCAAUUACACCACCGUGCGAUCGAUGUCGACGUUUGCGAUUUACAUGCACCAAGCAUAUGACUGCUUGUGCUGCAUGCACAAAGAAGCAUGCCAAAUGUUCUUGGAAGGAUGUCAAGGAUGGUGAACUCGAAGCAACUGCAUCUGCAUCUGCAUCUGCACAGCGAGAUUCUUGCGCUUCAUCAGAAGAUGGGUUGCUAAUCGUUGAUAAAAAGCACACACCAGAACGAUCCACCUUGGCAACUACUAGUGGUGUUACUACUAUCGCGGCAGGUGGAGCAAGUGGAUCGAGUAGACAAAUUCCUGCUCAUGCACAGCACAUAUCAAUGCUUUCUGGUCUAGAAUCUGAAUUGCGUCCUCAAAACGCCACAAAAAUCAACAAUCACGUCCCCAACAUCACCGCCACUGUUCCAGUCAGAUCACCACAAUCAAAGCCAGAGCAAGAAAGAAGAGUCUCUGCCGAACACACAUUAUUAGCACAGAUGGCUUCAGCUGCGGCUGCGGCUACUACUCAAUGACAAAAGGAUAUUACGGGAGUAGCUCGAUAUGGACUAGAAUAUGAAAACGUCAGAUCAUCAGCAAAGAUAGGAUGACCGACUAAAUUAUCAUCUCAUGUUGGCAUCUACAUUUAUCUUGGAUAUCAUCUAGAGUUGGGGCUGCCAGCUCCAUUAAUAUAUUCCCGAUUUUUGGAAGCAACGAAUGAUUAAUAAUUCUCUUGUUAUGGCGUCCCGGGGCUAUUUGUGGGGAGCUGCCCGCUGCUUAUUGGAGGUUAUUGGAGGUGCAUUGUUAGUAUGGAAAAAUGGCGCGUAUCUCAAGGUCCAUUUGCGAUGAGAUAUCAAAACGAAAAGCGCCCGGUUGAUUAUUAUGGAUGGUUCAAGGAUUCAUGGGCGCGUGUUUGGUAUACCAGUUUCCUCUCCUUGGUCUACGCUAGUUUCUUUCUUUGGAUCCUUUCUUAAUGGGUUCAAUUUUAUUAUCUAAUGUUUGUGUUACAUCCUUAUGUGGUACUAGCUCACAUCUAUUAUCUAUUGUUUAGUCAAAUAAGAAUUGCUCGUCAUUUA